CGGAGCCAUGGAGCGCCCCCGGCGGAGCUUCCAGGCUGCCCUCUGGGUCCUGGCACUGCCUCUGCUGCUGCCCCAGGUCACCCCGUUGGGCGAUGAUGCCGCCACCGUGCUGCCGCUCUUGGAGCUGCUGGGCCGUUACUGCCACCUGCUCUCCGCCGCCUCCAAUCUCACAGGUCCCUACUGCAAUGCCACCACCGACCAGAUCGGGACGUGCUGGCCCCGCAGCGCCGCCGGGGCCUACGUGGAGAGACCCUGCCCGGAGUUCUUCAAUGGCAUCAAGUACAACACCACGCGGAACGCCUAUCGAGAAUGCACAGACAAUGGGACGUGGGCCUCACGCAUCAACUACUCCCAGUGUGAGCCCAUACUGGAUGACAAGCAGAGGAAGUAUGACGUGCACUACAAGAUAGCGCUCAUCAUCAACUACCUGGGUCACUGCGUGUCCAUGGGGGCUCUCCUCGCCGCCUUCCUGCUCUUCCUCGGCUUGCAGAGCAUUCGCUGCCUCCGGAAUAUCAUUCACUGGAACCUCAUCACAACUUUCAUCCUCCGGAACGUGGUCUGGUUCCUCCUGCAGCUGAUUGACCACACGGUCCAUGAGAACAACGAGGCUUGGUGUCGAUGCAUCACCACCAUCUUCAACUACUUCGUGGUGACCAACUUCUUCUGGAUGUUCGUGGAAGGCUGCUACCUCCACACGGCCAUUGUCAUGACCUACUCCACAGACAAGUUGAGGAAGUGGGUCUUCCUGUUCAUUGGAUGGUUCAUUCCUGGCCCCAUCAUCGUCGCCUGGGCUAUCGGCAAACUCUACUACGAAGACGAGCAAUGCUGGUUUGGCAAAGAACCAGGGAACUAUGUGGACUACAUCUAUCAAGGCCCAGUGAUCCUGGUGCUCCUGAUCAAUUUUGUUUUCCUGUUCAACAUUGUCAGGAUCCUGAUGACAAAGCUGCGCGCGUCGACCACGUCGGAGACGAUGCAAUACAGAAAGGCGGUAAAGGCGACCCUGGUCCUCCUGCCCCUCCUGGGCAUCACCUACAUGCUCUUCUUCGUCAACCCGGGGGAUGACGACGUGUCCCAGAUUGUCUUCAUUUACUUCAAUUCCUUCCUGCAGUCCUUCCAGGGCUUCUUCGUGUCUGUCUUCUACUGCUUUCUGAACGGAGAGGUCCGAGCAGCUGUGAGGAAGAGAUGGCGCCGCUGGCAGGAUCACCACUCCCUACGGGUCCGGGUUGCCCGGGCCAUGUCGAUCCCUACAUCCCCCACCAGGAUCAGCUUCCACAGCAUCAAGCAGACGGCUGCUGUCUGAUGCCAGGCCCUUCCAAGAGGCUGAGCCCCCCUCUUCCCCCUCCCCUCUUCACCUCUGGAGAUGUUCCUCUUGCUUCCUCCUCCUCCUCCUCCUCGUCCCCCUCCUCCCUUCUUGGGCAAUCUGACGCAGGGGAACAGAGGAGAAAAGGGCCUGGGCAGAUGGCAUGGAAGGAGAGGGACAUCCAGGAAAGAGGGGACACGCCGUGAGGUUCCAGUCUGACUGCAAAGGGUGGCCCAAACCUGGGAGCAGCAGAUGGGACUCCCGUCUCUGAGACUUGUCCCGCCGACAGGCGGAGGGGACGGCCGAUGGAUUGACCCCUCGGCUUCCUGUGCAGGGUCCCGGUCAGAGAGGGAGGGCUGGAAGGGGCGCCAGAAGUCCUCCGGGCCAGGCCUGGCAUUUUACAGACAGGCGAGCUGAGGGGAGCUGACCAGGGCCCUCGGACGCCAGGCCAUGAAGCCAGGGCUCGACCCCAAGCCUCCUGACAUUCACCUCUUCCCUGGCAGCACUGGUAGGACGCUCCCACCCGCUCGGCUGGUUUUCCCAAGCUGCCUGAGAGUAGGGACCCCCAAAGACUUGUGGCUCCCCCCCAGGCCCUGCCCCCAGCCCCCAGCGCCCCGCUGCUGUUGUGCAGAAAGGGGGGAGCAGGAGAAGGAGCCCAGGUGGGCUCAGCCCAGCCCAGCCCUCCCCAGCCUUGAGUUCUAGGUCCCAGGGCUGGUGUCUGUCCAGAAGGAAGCUGUGAUGCUCUCACUGGAUUUCUCUUGCUCUAGGAGGGCUCCAGGCCAGGCAAAAGAGCCAGAAGCUGCUGGGCCCUCUGGCUAGGCCUUGUGUCCAGCAGGGAGAACGGAGAAGAUGGGGAGGGAGGGUGGUCAGUCACACAAACCAAAGUGUCUCUUCCGUGUCUGAAACCUCGAACCCAGGGCCCGAGGGGCCUCUGCCAGACCCUCCCCUUCAGAAAUAGUCUCUUGUGUCUCUGGAAUAAACCCUGUGUGACGUGU